AUGAAGUUUUGUAUUUUAUUCUGGUACAUUGGGAUAUUACACAGUGAUGUAUUGUCAUUACGUCCAACUACUCCCAUGCGGCCUCCAGAAGAGAGUCAGGUGGCUAAAGUCGCCCAGAUGAUUAAUUUCGUGAACACGUUAAAGAAACGCGUCAGUUUUCUAGGAUAUGACAAACGUAGAACAGAAUUGACCCACGUAGAAGAAAUUAAACCUUGGAUAGCGAAUCUAUACAAAGUUCUAUUGUCGAAAGAGGAGCAGACGUCGAGAGAAUAUACCCAGAAGCUGGCAAACAUGGCGCGGUACUAUGUCAUUGAUAAUCCAGAGGUACUGGACGAGUUCGGCAAGAAGAAGAUAAAGAGGAAGAAGGAUAUUAGGAGACCGUCAUACGAGUCUGCAGCAUCCUCAGAUCCUGUGUCUGACUCGGAGACUUCUUCAGUAGAACCUAGAUACAAGGGUCUAGGGCGGAAGAGCUUGAAGAGACGAUACGACAUGGAAUUUUUACCUGAUCCAGAAGCCAAUUCCAAAGAAUUCAACAUAGGUAAGAAAGAAGAUGAAUUCGGACAGCUGGUUCUAAAAAACUUUGAAGAAAAAGAUGUAAUAUUCCAACCGGUUGACGAAAACGGACCAAAGUUCGAACCCGAUUUAGACUUUAACAUCAACGAAAAGGAAAACGGUAAACCGAAGUCCAUUUUCGGAGAAACAUUAGACAAUGUCAAAAGUUCUGAAAUUGAGAUAACAACUGAAAGUGCACCAACAACAGAUUACAAUAAAAACCAAAAUGUCGUAAAGGGAAAAUAUAUCAAAGCAGAAGAGGUAAGAAAUGACUAUCAGAAGAAGAAACCUCUUGAACCUAAAACAGAUGAUGGAGAUUAUGAUAGAGGGACAUACCAGAACCAUAGACCAGAUGAAAUCUCACCAAAAAAAGAAGAAAAUGAGACUAAAACUGAUUUAAGCUAUCGAGUAGAAGAAAUUAAAGAAACUGAAUUAAAUAACUACUUAAAAGGAUAUGGUCAACAAAAAAGAUUUAGAGAAGAACAAAGACUAAAAUCUGUGGAAGUAAACAAUGAACAGAAGAAUAAUGGUGCACAAGAUGUAACAAUUGACCCACACAGAACUGACAAACAUAAGGAUGUAGAUAAAAAUGAGACAAUCGACCCACACAAACAUAAAGAUUUAAAUAAAAAUCAGCGAAAUGAUGAAAAAACUGAACCGAAGGAAUCUAAAGAACGAAAACCUCAAACUAACGAAUGGGAUUUAAAAGGCAAAGAGAAUGAAUAUAAAUACGAAGGUAACGAAAAGAUUAAAGACCAAAACAACGAUGACCAAAAAAGAAAUCUUAACGAAAACGACGACAAUUUUAAUAAAAACAACAAACCUCGUCUUAACAAUGAGAAUAAUUGGAAUAAAGAUAACGAUAGUCAAAAGUACGACAAUGAGAACCAAAAGAAAAUUGAAUGGACUAAAGAUGAUGAUAGAAAUAUGAAAGAUAGAGAUAAUGUUAUGAAAGAUCAUCAUGAUGAUAGGAAUCAGAGAAACCUGGAGCAAAAUCAUAAUGACUACGACAGACCUGAUGAUAAACAAAGGUAUGAUGACAGAGACCACAAAAAUUAUGAUCAAGGUCGAUAUGACGAUUGGAAUACUAAACGCAAUGAUAGAGAUAGAAAACAUAACGAUUGGGAUAAUAAAGAAUCGAAUAUGAAUAAAAAUAACGAUUGGGGUUCAAACAAUAAUGACUGGAAGAAUAACAACAACAACAAAAAUGAUUGGGCAACUAAUAAUAACGAUUGGGAAACUAACAACGAUAAUUAUGGUAAAAAAAAUGAAAGAAAUGAGAAAAAUAUCGACUGGGAUACAAAAAACUAUGAUGGCGACAAUAAAAGAGACGACUGGAACAUAAACCAAGAUUGGAAUACAAAAAAAGAAGAUUUAAUUGAAAAACAGACAGAUUGGAACACUAGAAAAGACGCCUGGAAUGAAAAACAAAGCUGGAACACAAAACCAGAUGACUGGAAUACAAAAAAAACUAAUUGGAACACUGAAAAGGACGAUUGGAAUACAAACAAAUAUAAUGCAGAUAAUAAUAAUAACCAAAAUUAUAAUAGACAUGAUACAGACAGAAAUAAUAAUGGUCAUGAUAAGAGACAUGAUAUCGAUAACACUAACUAUUGGGAUAGAAAUGAUAAAACUAAGAGAAAGGAUAAUUGGGACGAUGAUGCAGAUUGGAAAAAAGACGAUAAAAAGGUCAAGAAAAAACACAAUAUGGAAAUAAAAGAUGACUGGAAAGAAUACAGCGUUGACAAUAAAAAAAAGGUAACGGAUGAACCAAAGAACAGUUGGGACACAGUAGGGACUAAACAGAAGAAACCAAAAGGCGGGGGACAUAAAAAGAAAAAGGUAUUAAAACAAGGCCCCGUUGAAGUUUUUAAACCAAUUGAAAAAGACUUUAAUAUCGACCCGGAACCAGUUAAACAAAAAACUCCAAGUUCGUGGGACGAUUAUGUCCCAAAAAAUAAUGACGAUGAUGAUAAUUAUAAGCCGAUAAAAAAGAAGAAACGCGGCAGCUAUGAAAGAUCGAAAAACAAUCAACCUAACCAUUCAGCUUUUGGGCGCACGCCUAUCCCUUUUGCCGGCAAAAAACGUAUUUAUGCUGAUAAAUAA